UUUUUUUUUUCCCUGCAUAUAUUUAUGGAAAAAGAGAGGUGAUGUGGAACACACAUAGACACUUUUGAACACAAUUCACUCUUGGGCUUACGCUGAACUGCUGACUUUGGCAUGCACUGUGAGGGAAGGGGGAACAAGAGAAGAAAGGGCCUUAAGGCUGCAGGGGAGGGGGCAUUAAUGUUUUGAUUUUUCAGUUAUUAUUUUGUAAAUCUUUCUCAUGAGCUAAUUUCCUUGCCUAUGCUUUAAGGUAAAUGGCCCAAGUAAUUCUUUGUGUUUUUAAGUGAACCCUUUGGUCUCCUUUCUUACCUGUGUCUGAACUUUAUUGUUUCUCUUUCACCUUUUACUAGGCAAAACAAACAGAAAUUCUCAGUGAACUUUCUGUUUCCACAGAAACACUGGAAACUUGUCAGUGUACUUCGGGAUGUUUUUUAAUGUGGCCAAACAUUCCCCUCUCUCUAGUUAAUUAAUGAUUAAUGUAGCCACCAAGAAAAGGUGUGCCAGGAAUGAGGGACAUACUGGUACGAAGUCCAAUUGGCAGUGACCUGAUUUUUUCCUCCAGUUAUUUAUACUGAGUCACAAAGAAUCAGACUGAGACACCUCUUGCUGACUUCUGCUCUUCCCUCAGCUUAGUAAACUCCUGAUAUCACAAUAGGGGCCAGGAGAAGAGCCUUCUUAGAAUGGAAAUUUCAAUAAAGAAACUGGAAGUCAAAGAGAAAGUGAAUUGAAGACUGAGUAUAAAAGUCUAUUAAUUUGCAAAUUGUGAAAUUCAGCAAUGACACACUGUGGAAAAAAACAUAUAUGUGCUGUUGUUGCAUGUAUUCUUAUUUUUGCAAGCAUUUUAAUCUGCUACUGGAAAGAUCUUCAGCUACCGAAUACAAUAACUAGAAAAAUCAUCCCCCAGGCAACAAUUACCAGUCCAGCAGGUCAGCUUUGUAGGGGGAAAAUUGCUCAAAAUGCAAUAACACCAUUAAAAGAUAACAAAACUUUUAUUAUAUCCCCAUACUUUGAUGACAGAGAAAGCAAAGUCACUCGUGUGAUUGGGAUUGUUCACCACGAAGAUGUGAAACAACUAUACUGCUGGUUCUGCUGUCAGCCCAAUGGAAAGAUCUAUGUAUCAAAUGCAAAAAUUGAUGUUCACUCAGAUAGAUUUGGAUUCCCUUAUGGUGCAGCAGAUAUAGUUUGUUUGGAACCUGAAAACUGUGAUCCAACUCAUGUAUCAAUUCAUCCCUUUGCACAUGGAAAUAUUGACCAGCUGCCAAGGUUUGAAAUUAAAAACCGCAAGCCUGAGCCCUUUUCUGUUGACUUCACUGUGUGCAUCUCUGCCAUGUUUGGAAACUACAACAAUGUCUUGCAGUUCAUACAGAGUCUGGAAAUGUACAAGAUUCUUGGAGCACAGAAAGUGGUGAUCUAUAAGAACAACUGCAGCCAUCUGAUGGAGAAAGUCUUGAAGUUUUAUAUAGAAGAAGGAACUGUAGAGAUAAUUCCCUGGCCAAUAAACUCACACCUCAAGGUUUCCUCUAGAUGGCAUUUUUUUCUGGAUGGAACAGACAUUGGCUACUAUGGACAAAUCACAGCUCUAAAUGACUGUAUAUACCGUAACAUGCAAAGGAGCAAGUUUGUGGUUCUUAAUGAUGCUGAUGAAAUAAUUCUCCCUCUUAAGCAUCCAAACUGGAAAACAAUGAUGAGCAGCCUUCAGGAACAAAAUCCAGGGACUGGCAUUUUCCUCUUCGAGAACCAUAUCUUCCCAGAAACCGUCUCUACUCACAUGUUCAACAUCUCGUCCUGGAAUACUGUGCCAGGUGUUAAUAUAUUACAGCAUGUUCACAGAGAGCCUGACAGGAAAGAUGUUUUCAAUCCCAGGAAGAUGAUAGUUGAUCCACAAAAGGUGAUUCAGACUUCUGUCCACUCUGUCCUACAUGCCUAUGGGGACAGUGUGAAUGUUCCCAUGGAUGUUGCCCUCAUUUAUCACUGUCGGAAGCCCCUUCAAAGAGACCUCCCCAGAGAAUCCCUUGUCAGGGAUACAGCCCUGUGGAGAUACAACUCAUCAUUAAUCAUGAAUGUUAACAAGGUGCUGUCUCAAACCAUACUGAAAUUGGUGUGACGUAGCUCUUAUCAAGGAUACAUCCCCUUGGAGAUACACAUCUUUGGCUUUGAAAGUGAACUUUGGCUAUGCUACAAUUUGAAGUGUAAUAAUGAAAUGUAAAGGUGUUGCCAUACGCAUUUAAUGCUACCUUCUCCCCAGCAAUAAAUGCAUUGUAUGUUUACAUUCUCUAAUACUCACAGGGGAAAAAAAAGGUCUGUAACUUAAUGGCCUUUGACAAUAGAAAAAAGUAUCCCACCAUGGAACUCCUUCAAAUGGUAACAUUGUAUUUUGUUGUAGGAAUGAUUCAGCUAUCAGGUCUGUCUCCAAAAGUAGACAGACUCCUGUAAACUACUGGAUUUUAUCGUUGUGUAAUUAUCAAAUUUCCCAGUACUUUUUUAAAGAUUGAUUCGGAUUUCGAAAAUA